AUGGCGGCGGCGGUGGCGGGUCUGCUAGGCUGGUUUCUCGCCGCGCUCUGCCUGGGCAACGCCGCGGGGGAGGCAGCGCCUUGUCCGCGAGUGCUGGGCUUCUGUCUGGAGGAGGACGGAGCUGCGGGCGCGGGGUGGGAGCGCGGAGGGGCGGUGCGGACCGGCCCGGAGGCCACCUUCCGCCUGCGCCUCUUCGGCCGGGGCUUCGCCAACAGCUCCUGGUCCUGGGUCGCCCCUGAGGGGGCGGGCUGCCCCGAGGGCGGGCCGGCCGCGGUGUCCGAGGAGGCGGCAGCCCCCACGGGCGAGUGGCGCGCGCUGCUGCGCCUGCGCGGUGAGGCUGUGUGCCCGCACUCGGCGCUGCUGGCGGUGCGCGUGGAGCCGGGCGGCGGGGCGGCGGAGGAGGCGGCGCCGCCCUGGGCGCUGGGCCUGGGGGCGGCCGGGCUGCUGGCGCUGGCGGCGCUGGCGCGGGGCCUGCAGCUGAGCGCACUGGCGCUGGCGCCGGCCGAGGUGCAGGUGCUGCGCGAGAGCGGCUCGGAGGCGGAGCGUGCGGCGGCGCGGCGCCUGGAGCCCGCAAGGCGCUGGGCGGGCUGCGCCCUGGGCGCGCUGCUGCUGCUGGCCAGCCUGGCGCAGGCGGCCCUGGCGGUGCUGCUGUACCGCGCGGCCGGUCAGCGCGCCGUGCUUGCCGUGCUGGGCAGCGCGGGGCUCGUAUUCCUGGUAGGCGAGGUGGUGCCGGCCGCAGUGAGCGGGCGCUGGGCGCUGGCGCUGGCGCCGCGCGCGCUCAGCCUCAGCCGCCUGGCCGUGCUGCUCACUCUGCCGGUGGCCCUGCCCGUGGGGCAGCUGCUGGAGCUGGCGGCGCGGCCCGGGCGGCUGCGCGAGCGCGUGUUGGAGCUGGCGCGCGGCGGCGGCGACCCCUACAACGACCUCAGCAAGGGCGUGCUGCGUUGCCGGACCGUGGAGGACGUGCUCACGCCUCUCGAAGACUGCUUUAUGCUGGACGCCAGCGCGGUGCUGGACUUUGGUGUCCUGGCCAGUAUCAUGCAGAGCGGCUACACGCGCAUUCCGGUGUACGAGGAGGAGCGCUCCAACAUCGUGGACAUGCUUUACCUCAAGGACUUGGCCUUCGUGGACCCCGAGGACUGCACGCCGCUCAGUACCAUCACCCGAUUCUACAACCAUCCACUCCACUUCGUCUUCAAUGACACCAAGCUGGACGCCGUCCUGGAGGAGUUCAAAAGAGGGAAGUCCCACCUGGCCAUCGUGCAGAAGGUGAACAAUGAGGGCGAGGGUGACCCCUUUUACGAGGUCCUGGGCCUGGUCACCCUGGAGGACGUUAUCGAGGAGAUCAUCAAGUCUGAGAUCCUGGACGAGUCUGAAGACUAUCGAGACGGCGUGGUGAGGAAGAAACCUGCCUCUCUCAUCGUCCCUCUCAAGCGGAAGGAGGAGUUCUCCUUGUUCAAGGUGUCUGAUGAUGAAUAUAAAGUAAAAAUCUCACCUCAGCUGCUCUUGGCCACCCAGCGCUUCCUUUCCCGAGAAGUGGAUGUAUUCAGCCCCCUGCGAAUCUCCGAGAAGGUCCUGCUGCACCUGCUUAAGCAUCCCAGUGUCAAUCAGGAGGUGAAGUUUGAUGAGAACGACCGCCUGGCCGCACACCAUUACCUGUACCAGCGCAGCCAGCCGGUGGAUUACUUCAUUCUCAUCUUGCAGGGCAGGGUUGAGGUGGAGAUCGGGAAAGAGGGCCUGAAGUUCGAGAAUGGGGCCUUCACCUACUAUGGAGUAUCUGCCCUGACAGUGCCGUCCUCUGUUCACCAGUCGCCAGUGUCCUCACUCCAGCCCAUCCGCCAUGACCUGCAGCCCGAGCCAGCCGAUGGCACCCGCUCUUCCGCGUAUUGUCCUGACUACACCGUGAGAGCACUCUCUGACCUGCAGCUCAUUAAGGUUACGCGGCUGCAGUACCUCAACGCACUUCUGGCAACGCGAGCCCAGAACCUGCCACAGUCCCCUGAGAACACCGACCUCCAGGUCAUCCCAGGCAGCCAGACCAGGCUUCUCAGUGAGAAGACCACUACUGCGGCAGGGUCCAGCUACAGCAGGCCCAGCGUCCCAGUGGAGGAGAGCCCUGGGCGGAACCCAGGAGUUUAACUGUUUGCCAGGCAGCCCCAGAUGUGGGGAGCGGACAAGCGUGUGGGGAGCUGGAGGGAACUGAGCAGAAGCUUCGUGCCAGCCUGCCCCCACUCCUCCAGGCCACGUUUUAGAUGGCCCUUGUAGAUGUGGGUCCUGGGCAUCCUCAGAAUCGGGCAUCGGUGCCUAGCACCCUCAGCAGGCCCUGCCCUCCUUUAGGAGGUGGGGUCAGCAAGGCACAGCCCUCCAGGCCUGCUUCUUCUGGAAGGAAUGAAAGGAAUAUCAUCAUCUCUAGUCCCCAGGGCCCAGCCUUCCCUGCUCCCCUGAGGCUGUGACAGUGCAGUGUAUUUAUACCUCUUCAGGCCAAGCCACCCAAGUGAGUGCACAAUUACUGCCUUUGUGUGGCUGUGACCUGUACUCACUUUGCUUUUUCCCAGUCUUCUGCUGCUGGCAGCACUUUCUGAACAAACAGAGAACACCAGUUUUGGCUGGGGGUUCAAAUCCGUGGCCUCAUCCAUGGUGUGCUUUCUGGUUUCCCUGACAAUGCCACGUUUCAGAGCAUGCACCCCAGCCUCUCCCCUGUGCCAAGCCAGAAGCACGGUUGGUUACCCACCAGUCUGUCCCUCUGGUCCUGCUCCCUCCUGUGGAGGUUGCUUUUUUGACCCCUUCCAGGGCCCCGAGCGAGCUGGCCCUGGUGGCGCUGAGGGGCCUGCUCCCGUGCCUGCUGUGCGGAGUUGCCACUAGCAGUAUUGUUGGUUUCUGUGUUCUAAGAGGUCAUGCCUGGGAGGAAAGGACCUUCUUGCUGCAUCUAAUCCUUUCUUCCUUGUGUGAUCCCAGAGGAGAGCAAUGCCUGUUAGAUCUGCUUCAUGCCUUUCCCACAGGCCUCCAUGGAGGUGUAUGUGGCUGUAGUGUGCAGAGCAGCAGGGAGGGGGAACUGUUUAUGAACCAGGUGAACCCUCAUUACCUUUCUUAAAAAAAAAAAAUAAGUUUUUCUUAUAUCUCUAAAACAUUUCAAGUUCUUUGCUUUUUUCUGUUCCUAGCUACCAGGUUUUAGAGAAGUGGGAACAAGAAGGCAUUUAUCUUUUUCUUCUAAUUCAUCUAUAUUUUCCUUCCACAGUUCUUCAGCUGUGUGGAAACUGGGGUAUCACAGGGACAUAGGAUCAUAGAUUGGGGAGGGAGGAGGAUUUCUGGAACUUUUCUCAAAGGAAUUUGGGCCCUUAUAAAUGGGACCAAAGGCCACAGAAAAGUGUAUGCUUGUUCAGAAAUUGUUCUCAAGGAGUGCACUCUAAGAGCAAACCCAGGUGGGAAACAAAUACUUUGAAAUCAUCUCUCCAGAACAGUGGUUCUUAACCUUGGCUGCACAUCGGAAUCACCUGGCAAAUUAAAAUACUGAUGCCUCAGCCUGUCCCCAGGGCAUCUGAUUUAAUCAGCCUGGGCAUCAGGGUUUUAUAUUUUCAAAAUGUCUUUAGAUUUCACUGAAGGGUUUCAUAUACCUUUCACCCAGCUUCCCCUAAUGGUAACAUAACCUUGGUAUAUUUAU